AUGAAGACGACCACUAUAAUUGCUGCCUCAGCAGGAACUAUUCUGACUGGUUUUCUUGUUAUACAGUUCCCGCGUUCACCAGAGGUUGGCGUAGGAUCAGUAUACCAGUCGAGUAGUUUAUACAAUAUCAGCGCACUAACAAAUCCCAUGUGUCCUCCAGCUUAUGCCAUCUACUUCGACUAUAAGCGGCAUUCGGAUGCGGAAUUCCGACGGAAUCUUAAGCGAGAUAACCGACGACUGGCCAGAGUAGUCCGCGAACAAUCAGAAGCAAAAGGCGCACAGCAAAUAGCUGAGAUUAAACAAGCUUUGCAGGAGGCAAAGGAAGAGGGCUUCCCCUCAGAUCCAGAAGAUAAGGAGGCAUUCUUCAUGGGCCAGAUUGCUAAGGGAGAGCAGUUAGCCGCUGAAGGAACGAGUAACCUCGAAGCAGCGCUUGCAUUCUACAAGGCGCUCAAGGUGUAUCCGCAACCUAAGGACCUAAUUGCCAUUUACGACAACACUGUACCCAAGGACGUGCUUGAGAUCCUGGCUGAAAUGGUGGGCCAGGACACAUCGCUGCAAUUGGGCUCUUUCACCAGCGGUGGCAGCGGGUCGGAUUAUCACGGGGUGGAAUAA